AUGCCGGCAAGGUUCCAUCCCUUUUAUCGAUUUCUGAGGCGGAGACUCCUCACCGAAUUUUAUGGGGAUUCGAAGCACAAGAUGAAUUGGUCACUUACCUUCCGGGGUACAGGCAAAGACAGUGGUGGCCACCUAUUGGAAAAGCUGAACCAGUACAUCCGGGGUUUUCUCAAACACAAUGGGAUCGAUUUCGAUAUUACGCCGAUCGAGUACUGGCUGGGGAUGCCAGCCCAUUGGCGCGACGAGACGAAGGGCCUGCUGAUUCAAGUGGCGGAAGAGGCUGGGUUCAAGGUUAAGCCAGCCGAUCAGAUACACAUGGUAUCAGAAGCUGAAGCCGCCGCUCUGACCGUUGUCAAAACCUUUGCCCCGCGCCUUGAAGUUAACGAUGGCCUCCUUGUGAUAUCGGCACGUUCUACAUAUCAGACGUACAACCUGGAAUACUCUUCGAAGAACUUACAGCAGUUCAAGGCAGCAAGUAACCAACCCGAAUGGACUCUCGAGAGCUUCCCUAUCUUCUUCUCUCUGUGUGAAACCAUGGAUCCCAAUGGGAGUCACUCGCCUGAUGCACAUCAUCUGUGUGUCUUGGUCCAUGGACUCUGGGGAAACCCUUCUCACAUGGACUUCAUAGCCACGUCGUUGCGAGAACACUAUCCGAGUAAAACCUUCCAUAUCCUCGCCGCCCAACGCAACGCCGGUACCCACACCUACGAUGGGAUCGAACUCGGAGGCGAGCGACUGGCGCUCGAGAUCGAAGAAACACUGGACUCGCUGGAGGCCCGCGGGUCUCGGGUCAGAAAGCUCAGUAUUGUCGGGUAUUCCCUGGGGGGACUAGUGGCUAGAUAUGCUCUGGGGCUCCUUUACGCGCGAGGAUGGUUCGACCGGAUCGAGCCCGUGAAUUUCACCACCUUCGUGUCGCCGCAUGUCGGGGUGCGGAUUCCCCUCACGGGCCUCCGCAGUCUCUUGUGGAACUACCUGGGUCCGCGCACGAUCUCCGUUUCGGGGAGACAGCUGUUCUUGGUGGACUCGUUCCGGGACUCUGGGAAGCCGCUGCUCGGCCUCCUAGCUGAUCCCGACAGUGUCUUCAUGCGCGCGCUGGCCAAGUUCAAACACCGCUGCGUCUAUGCGAACGUGGUGAACGAUCGCUCGACCGUCUUCUAUACCACCGCCAUCUCACUGUCCGAUCCAUUUCAACAGGAUCUGGAACGUGCCCACAUCAAGUAUGUCGCCGGCUAUGAACCCGUGAUCAUCGACCCCGACGUGUAUUUUGCACGGCCCGGGGUCAAGGACGACCAUCUGCCGUGGUCAUCGCGGAUACAGCAACAAGCGAAGAAACUCUUCACCGACCUGUCGACGUGGCUCUUCUUCACCUCCCUGAUCUCCAUCGCCCUCCCCAUCUUCCUCGUGAACUCAGUCAUCCAGACGUCCCGCAGUCGACAACGGAUCCAGCUACACGAGGAGGGCAAAAACGGCGCCUCCUUCGGACACUACCGCAUACCUCUUCUGAUCAAAGAAGCCCAGAACGCGGUAGGGAAGGCCUUUGAACGCGCCGCCUCGCGACAGGAUGCCGAGUACCUAUCCGCCACCGACCGCCAUGCAGGCGCAAGCCAACUCAGAAAGCGGCCGACCACGACAACAAGCUUCUCAGCCCCCACCGACCCGGACAAAUCGAGCGUGGCCAUCCACGAAGAGGAGACCAGUGUCACGGAAACGCACACACCAGAUCCUCCCGGCGAUAGUCAAGCAUAUCCCACGCUCGCUCUCACCCCCCUUCAGAUGUCCAUCAUCAAAUCCCUCAAUGCCGUAGGUUUCCGCAAGUAUCCGGUCUACAUCCACAAUCAUCGACACAGCCAUGCCGCGAUCAUCAGACGCGUGCCGAAGAAGGGAUUCGACGAGGCUCCUGUCGUGAUCAAACAUUGGCUCGAUACUGAGUUCGAGAUCUGA